GCUCCGCCGUGGAAAAAAAAAAGAAAAACCCUCCCAGGAUUUACGCUCUGCCAUUUUGAGCCGAAACGGGACUGACGGCGGAGUUCAGACGUGUCCAUCAAGCUGCAGCCAUGACCUGAAUUAAAGAGACGCCAGCGGGAGUUUGGCAGCAGGGUCUUUCAACUGAAGACCUGGUUAGCCAGGAGCUUUUUUUAUUUUUUUUUACAACUUCAACCAUGUGUUCCACUAAUCCUUCUAACUGGGUCACUUUUGAUGAAGAUAGCACGCCACUCCAAUCUCCUCCAAAGCCUCUGCAGUCGCCAGAUCUUCUCAAAACUUCGGUACCACGUCCCAAUGGUUUGAAGCUGGUACUUCCUCCAAUUAAAGACACUUCUUGGAGCUUCAAUUGUUCCCUGGAAUCCCCUCAAAACCACUCGAGUUUGAGUAGAAAAUCUUCUGCACCCUUUUGCACUUCUGUGAGCAGAGCUCCUAGUAGCGUGUCCUCAUUUCACACCAAAUCCAGCCAAAGCAAUACUUUUUCACGGAGUUUCUCUAGCCCGUCGGGCAUCACUGUUCCCGCUCCUGCGCCAGAAAUCCCAAGUCACAGCUCGGAUGGGCCGAGCCUUUUCCCCUCUUUCCAGAAGAACUCAGGACAUUAUAAUCCUUUUUGGGACAAUUCCAGAGACGGCACAGAUUUGUGUGACUCCUCUUCGGACUCCGACACAGACACCAGUCUUCCGCGUUUCUUCAUUCGUACCAAAGACGGCAGUGAGCCUCCACGAGAUCAACUCCAGAACUCAUUUUCUUUUGUUAGCAACAAGCUGCAAGAUCUACGGACAGGGACGGAUGAAGACGUAGAUGCACAGAAAGGCGAUGGGAGGCGGCUGAGCUACAGAUGGGAGUUGUUGGGUGAAGGUUCAACUCAGUUUGUUCCUCGGGGGCUGUUUCGCAGCCAGAAGAGAGAUGGCUGGCCUAUCCUGCUCAGGAUUCCUGAAAAAAAGAACCGCAUGUCUUCUCGACAGUGGGGGCCCAUCUAUCUCCGCCUAUUGCCUGGAGGCGUGCUGCAGAUGUACUUCGAGAAAGGCCUGGAGAAGCCAUUCAAAGAGUUCCAGCUCCUUCCUCAGUGCAGGCUCUCACAUCUCAAAGUGGAAAGCUACAGCGAGCCUCGAAAGGUCCUUACGGUCAAGGUGGAACACUUCUCCUACACAGAAAAGAAACGUUACCAUCCAAAGCAGGAGGUGACUCACGACGCAGAGGUGGAACAGCUGCUCAAGUUUGGAUCAACAGUCCACAGCGACAUGGAGGACCUGGUCGUAUCAAUAGAGGAAGAGCUCUUCAAACUGAGCGUGCCCCACCAGCAGAGGCGGAACUACGAGGAGCAGGAGCUGUCGUUGCAGAUCACCGAUCACAUCUGGAUUCUGAUGGACACAUCAGGAGGAGUCAAAGAGCGAGCAGCCAUUACCCAGAUCCACUGUCUUGCUUUCCUGAGUGGACAGGGUGACUGUUUUCUUGCCCUGAAUGAUCUUGGACUGCUGCAGUUCGACUCUAGCUACGGGUUUGACAAGGCCAGUGAAGUCUGGAUGGAGAUCGCCGACUGCCAUUUUCACCAAUGUGUGAACGAGGCUGAAUUUCAGAGGUCCCGACUCAUAAAGUUCUCACCUCCUGAUGCGUGCAGGGCAGAGCUGAUGCGGUACAAAACGACAUUCUUGGGUUGCACUGAAAUUCCCUUCUCGGUCAAAGCUGUGGUCACUGUUCAAGGGGCCUAUGUGGAGCUGCAGGUCUUCCUCAGCAUGUCAUCCACCUUCCUGUCGUCCAUUAGGGUUUCUGACAUCCACUACCCGCUGUGUGAGAACGUAGUGAUCCGUGUGCCGGCGCCAGGCAACUGGGUCAAAGUAACACAGACGGUGGCCUUACUGCGACAGAGGUCACUGAAGUCCAGAAUGAACAGAAAUGCCUGCCUGGGCUCCAUCACCAGUGCUGACUCGCAGCCUGUUAUGCAGGUCUCGAUCGGGUCUGUCAAGUACGAGAACGUUUAUUCAGCUGUUGUGUGGAAGAUCGACAGACUACCUGCAAAGAAUACAGCUGUGAAUCAUCCUCAUUCAUUUUCCUGCAAACUGGAGCUGGGGUCGGAUCAGGAGAUCCCCAGCGACUGGUACCCUUUCGUUACAAUGGAAUGUGAAAUCAUGGGCGCCGUUGUGUCUCAGACCCGCGUCAAGUCCCUCGGCACGGUGAACGACAUCCAGCCGCAGAAACACGUGACCAGCUGGACUCGCUACCAUUGUCAGGCUAAACUCUACUUGUCCAUCAUUGAUGAUGUGAUUGAGAACACGAGGGAGCUCUUUGUUGAUGAAGGGCUUGAAGACCAAGUCCUGGAUGAUUUAAGGCAUCUGUGGGAGUCAAAGUUGAUGCAAUCAAAAGUGAUGGAUGACUUUAGGAAGAGCAGCAUCAACUCCUCCAACUUUGUGCUCCAGCUUCCUGCUAACUACCAACAGACUGAACCAGAACUAUCAGCUUCCAUUUCCAUUCCUGCAAGUCAGAGCAACGGCUUACCAGCAAAGAACAAUUCAGAGACGCUUGCUACUUUUUCCCUCCCCGCUGCGCUGGCGUACCCCGUUCAGAUACCAGCAGGAGUCACUCUGCAAACAGCUUCUGGUCAGCUUUAUAAAGUCAACGUUCCCGUCGUGGUUACUCAAGCCCCUGCAUCCCGUCCCACACAGAGGGAGGCCCCUGCCCCCCGUCCACCCCCAGGUCCAUCAAAUCCCCGUCUUCACCAGGAGACGGAGCCAGCCUCCUUUGCUGCACAAACACACACCAGUCUGCCUAUGAUCCCAGAGAGUGAUCUUCCACAUCCCACUUAUGAGUCUGAGAUCACACUGGGAGAAGACGAGGCCAGCCCAUCACAAGAACCUGUCAACGCUUCGCCUCUUACUCAGCUAUUAAACUUCCAGAUCAGCACAGAACGGGCUUUAAAAGAGACGGUACCGAGCAGAGACAUCGAUGAAAUCCUGAAGGAAGUCAUUGAGGAGGAGAGCGAGAAGGCGAGGAAGCUGUCUGCUGGGAGCACAGACAAUCAGCCCGAUGCUGAUCUUGGGCUGGACUUGGACUACGCCUAUAGUCAGCUAUCGGAGCUCGUUCAGCUGGAUGGUCCUCCUGACAACUCUGAGGAGGACGAGGAGAUCCCUCAGGAUGAGAAUGACUUUCUGGGUUUCAUCAACGCAGAAGCCAUCAAAGCUCUGCAGGAUGAAAACAUCAGCAACGACAGCAACAGCAUCUCCUCCAGCGACGAGGACCCAGUGGAGCUCACGAAUGUGGAGGAGGAGGACCCUCUGAAUUCUGGCGAUGACGUGGUGGAGCAGGACAUCCCAGACCUUUUUGACACUGAGAAUGUAAUUGUUUGCCAAUAUGACAAGAUUCACCGCAGCAAGAAUCGUUGGAAGUUCCACCUGAAGGAUGGGGUGAUGAGCUAUGGAGGGAAGGACCAUGUGUUCUCUAAGGCAGUUGGAGAAGCAGAGUGGUGAUGAGCAGAUCAAAAGACUGUGUUAAAGGAAAAAACACAAGCAUAUUUUGUUGAAUUUUGAAAAUGCUCUUAUUGAUUUUGUUGCUAUUAUUUGAUGUAAAUUGAAAGACGAUGCAUGAUUUGUUAGAUUUUGUUUUUCUUUAGCAAAGCAAAACUAAACGUAUUAAAUUUCUGGAAAUUC